AUGGCCAACGCCGACGCAGCGAAGCAGACUACCCUCACCCGCCUUGUCACCAAACUCUCCCAUACUCUGCUUAAUCCGGCCAGCUCGAGUGAUCCCAAGCUGAGGUCACCAUACGAGCGCAGUCGCAUCAACGCCAACAUCGAACAUGCCCGCACGUUGCUAUUGACGCUGGAGAAGCAGUCGGCAACAGUAAGAGUACAGAGUCAACGGCAAGCGCUCCAAGCAGACCUCCAAACAAAGCGAGAUGUCAUCAGGCAGUUACAGGCACGGCUUGAGGAGUUGAAUCAGAUAAACCAAGACGACGACGACGACGAUGACGAGGACGAUGACGAAAACGAAGGCGAGGACAUAGCAGACGCUCAAAGCGAGCAACCCCAACAUCCCACUUACGGCCCCGCAAGGACAGACACACAAUCCGGCCUCGACACCGGCGAACCAUCCAAUCCUCGCACACAUGCACAAGCACAAGCACAAGCACAAGCACAAGCGCAAGAACUCCGCUCCCGACGUCCACUCCAAGCAUCCGACAACCGCUCCGCUGCCACCACAACCGCGCGCGACGCCCUCUUCGCCGGCCGUCCCACCCAACCCACACCUGCCGAAACGAACACCGACCUCAAACACACCGAGGCCAUGUUGUCGCACAAUCGCACCGAACAAGAAACCCUGACCACCUCCCUCAUCGCGCUAGCGCAAUCGCUGAAGCAGUCCUCGCAACAUUUCGCGUCGAGCCUGGAGGCGGAGAAAGAAGUCCUCGCGCGGGCGGAGGGAGGGCUGGAUAGUAGUGCCAAAGGUAUGGAUGCUGCGGAGCGGAAGUUGGGCAUGUUGAGGCGCAUGAGUGAGGGACAGGGGUGGUGGGGGCGGGUGAAGCUUUAUGGGUUCAUCGGCGGGUUGUGGUUGGCCUGCUUCCUUCUCGUCUUCAUUGGGCCGAAGCUUCGCUUCUAG